UAUUUCAUGUAACACAUGAACAUAAUUGUACAUGCGCAAUGAAUUACCAUAUAUUUUAACAUACUUGAAUAAUUACGGUCUAUAUAUGAUGUGACAGCCAGAGAAAAAUAUGUUUCCUCCUUCCUUCUCCUCGGGUGCUUAGGGUGGUAUUAUAUAUUAAUAUACAUGUAUAUCGCGUGUUUUAAGUUACAUCCAAAAACGGUAAAGUAAAUUUGUUGUGAAAAAAAAUAGCCUCAGUAAAAACAGAUUAACUAGAUAGUUUUUUUUAAAUCUUUUUUUUUUUCUUUUAUUUGUUUAUUAUGUAAAUAUGAGAAAAAACGUUCAGGUUCAUGUAGUGCUACACUUUAAUACUGUUUCGGUGAAGGGCCACAUAACGCAGUUGACUCGUCGAUUUGAGACAAUGACAUGACUCAAUAUGAAAAUAUAAGCGGAUCGGAAAUAACGAUAUAAUGAAUAGUGGAACUUGGUUAAUAUUAUAAUUUUAAUAUGCAAAAACGGAAAUAAGAUGUUGAACGUACGAAGAUUGAAACAUAAUAUCCACUUGAAGUAAUAAUUUACUAAUAUAACUAUGUAGUGCUAUUAUAAAUGCGUUAAGCAACUGCUAAGUAGAUUUCUGAUUAAAAAAAAAACGGUGCUAAACAGAUACAACACGAAAUAUAUGGAUUUUAUUACAAUUAAACACUGAAUAUUUUUGAUAAUCCUUAUUAUGAUAUAUUUGUUUUAAUGAAACUGUUUAAGUUUCAUUCCAAAAAAUUAUGAUGGACAGAACAUUUAUAUAAACUAAGAAAUAAUAAAUAAAAAGUUGUUCUGGAAUAAGAAAAAAACCUGACAUAUUUGAGUUUAAAAUGGCUCGUAACAUAUGUUAUGAUAAUAUGCUUACUGUGCUUAAGUACGGUUGUCUUGUGCUCUUUGCUGUACAAGUUGGGGUUGUUUUGAGUUAUAACAUUGAAACUAAUCCGAAAAAAGUCGGAAAAGCUCAAGGUGAAAGGAAUUCACAAUUUGGAUACACCGUUGCAAUAGUUCGUAAACCUGGAUGGACCACUGGAGAUAAACGUUUUCUUGAUAAAGAACUUUUGGUAGGAGCGCCAUAUUUAACAUACAACAAAAUCAUCGGUCAUGGUCAGGUGACUCGGUGUAUGACACCGACAAGUGAGAAUAUCACCUGCAUUUCCCUUGACCUCGAAGAUCCUUCAAACUUGUGUGCAAAAUUAAAGAGAACCACAACUGACUGUGCAUUUCAAAGCAGACUUGGAGCGACAAUUGAAGUAAACCGAAAUUAUAAUAAGGACACCGAAGCUGAUAUGGUUACUGUUUGUGCCCCUGGUUGGAAAAACGUUUACCCCGAGAUAGCCUCUCAUAAAUACCAGAAUGAUAUGCCUGGUAUGUGCUUAAGAUUGAGAGAUGAACUCCAAGUGCAGCCAUGUACUCGAUCGUACUGCUGGCCGUUUUGGCCAGGCUAUAAUAGAAGAUAUUAUAGAGGGAGACCACAAUAUAACUACGCAGAGGGUGGAAUGUCUGCCACAUAUACAAAGGAUGGAUUUGGGGACAUUAUUGGCGCUCCCGGGGCUGAUGAUUGGCGGGGUGCGUUUAAAUCGUAUCAAAAGCAGUGGACGGCACGGCUGAGCUUUGAUUACACACCACCCACGAUGUAUUUCGGAUAUGCGUUGACUGUUGCAAAUCUUUGGAAGGGUGAACUGGUUAUAUCUGGAGCCCCUAACUGGAAUGAUCCGAAAGGUACGGGACAUUUCGGAAAGGUGUAUCUGUAUAUUGGACAAGACCUAGAAAGUUAUCUAGAUUUUGGCAUCACACGUGCUGAAUGUCCUGACCAAGAUAACCUGAAUUUAGGAGAAUUGAUUGACACAGAACAAACUGGUACCAAGUUUGGCGCAGCACUCGCUGCUGUUGACGUCACAGGUGACGGAUAUGACGAGCUGUUUGUUGGUGCCCCGUUCUACACUGGUGACAAUCCGGAAGAGGGACGUGUGUUCGUUUACAGUUCCUCAAAAGACACCGGUAUUUGUGGUCCAAUAGGAAUACUUUCAGGUGGUGUAAAUGUACCUUCAUUAAAGGAUAAAUCUUCUUUUGCUCGGUUUGGUGCAGCAAUCGCAUCCAUUGGUGACCUUGACAUUGACGGCUAUAAUGAUGUAGCUAUCGGAGCACCCUACGAAGAUGAUGGAACCGGUGCCAUAUAUAUCUAUCCAGGAAUUGGAAAAUCUAAAUGCGAAAUGAAGGACCCUUUCACCCAAAGAAUAGCUGGUCGUGAUCUUGACAUAGGUUUACGAUCGUUUGGCUGGAGCAUGUACGGUGAUGAAGAUAUUGAUGACAAUUCUUUCCCAGAUUUGGCUGUUGGAGCGUAUGAGUCAGACACUGUGUUGGUGUUCAGAGCGAGGCCAUUAGUCAAUGUUAUCAUUGAAAUUGAAAUGACUCCAAAUCCAAUUCCUUUAAUUGGUUCCCUUUUACCCUGUUCCACCGAUAAUAAAACUCUCUGCUUCACUGUUAAAGUCAAGUUCCGUUUUGUCUAUGUCGGGAGUAGGAAAGGAAAAGUGGACAAUGUCUACCUUAAUUGGACACUCGAUUCUGACACUUUACAUAAGAGCAUGGAAGGAUGGAGUAGGGUUUCAUUUAGAUCUUUUGAUAAACAUGACAUUAUUACUGAGAACAUUACACUCUCUGGACCCAGCGUACAAAAUAAAACAUAUAUAAUGGACGUGAAGGGGUAUAGAGGGAAACCGGAACCGAAAGAUGCCUGGACAAAAAUUCGUAUGGAAGGGCGUUUUGAGCUAAUACCUUCUAAUGAAGACAAUUUUGAUGUCCUUGAACCGAUCCUUUCCAAAGACGUUAAUGCGCUGAUCAUUGAAGAUACUGAAUUUGACAAGAAAUGUGAUAAUAUCAACACAUGUUCUUCCGACCUGAGACUUCAAGUAGAGAUGUUUCUGCUCAUGGAUGGCGUUGUACCUACACAUGUCCAUGAUAAUACUGUUUUAUACGUUGAUGCAGCUAACAUGUUACAGGUAACGGCUGACGUACUGAAUCUUUUGAAUUCAUCUUACACUGCUAAAGUUAGUGGAGAGGUUUCGACAUUGAUGAAAAGAGAUGUAUUCUCGAACAAUGGCCUGAUAGGAGCAAGUUGCAAGUACAAAUUUCUUCACCAAACCAGCACGAUUGUCAACUGUACCGCAGACAUUAGGCUAGAUAGAAAUGAAAACAUGAAGAUCAAGAUGUACUACGAUAUUAGUAGGCAGCGCCUUAUUCCUGGAAUGGACCUUAAUAAAAUGAAGGAACGCGUACAUAUUUCUAUGCUGGCUGACCAGGCUAAUUUAGACGUUGACACUAGCAACAAUGACUUCAAAAAAACAAUUUCAGUGAAGCUGAAAUACGCUGUACAUGUACAGGCAGACAAAGAAACGUUCGAUCAAAUAAGAUACAAGGCUGACGAAAGCAGCACACAGAUGCUUCGUUUGAUUCAUAGAUACGUCGUUACAAACGAAGGACCUAGUUUUCUUCCGAAGACAUAUGUUAACAUAACAAUACCGCUGUCCAAGGAAGAUACAGAGUUUGCUAGCAUUGUGGAAUUGCCUUCUGAAUGUGUGUACAGUGGAACUUUAGUUGAGACUUCUACACAAUCAUCAACCACGACGAAAGCAACAAAAUUCUCACCUUCUCCUGACACGAAACCAGAAAGGAGACGAAGAGAAGUGGAACAAUCGGCACAAAGUGCGAAAAACACUGGAGAAAAAUCAGAACCGAAAUCCAAAGCUAUGAAUAUAACAUGCAACGACGACUAUUCUUGCGAGGUGAUAAUAUGUGAAGUACUAAAUUUGGAACACAAUAAACAACACAUCAUUGAUAUCAAACUAGAUGUUUUUGAAAAUAAUCUUGCCAAAGAAAAGGAAUUCCUUGAAAUACAUUACGCAACAUACGCAACCGUUACUGAUCCGUUUAUAUGGUAUGGUGGAAAAGUUGUUCCGUGGAAUAAAACUGUAUUUGCGGAGAAAUGGACAACAUUUGUUGUAGAACUUACAUCUGAUGUAUCAGAGAUGGUCAUUUGGAUUAUUAUAGGAAGUGUUCUUGGUGCCCUUGCUGUCCUAAUCAUAGUUGUCAUAAUUCUUUGGAAGUGUGGGUUCUUUACAAGGAAGAAACACAAAGAGGUCCAAGAAUGGAAGCGCGCAAGAUUGUACAACCGUAAGAGUGUCAGAAUGUCAAAUAACGAAAAACAACCUUAUUCUGCAAUUGAGGAGACAGAAACUUAACUUACUAGUGUGCAUGCACAUUUAUAACGUCAGUUGAAAUGCUAGUCUUAAAAUUUGCCCAUCUUUAGUGGUUUUGUUUAUAUUUGGAUACAAUUUUCGUAAAUAAACUGUAGAUAACAUUUUGAAAACAUGAUUAUUUCUUGAGCUUUACUGUGUCAGCAUAGUUAUAGUAUAGUGUAUGUUCGAGUGAUAUUUUGAAUCACUUGACUAAACUUUUCUGAUCCGGCAUAUAUCAUUGUUUGAAAAUACGUUUUGUGUAACUAAGUUUUUUCCCUCGAUGAUAAAUGAAGAAUACAUAUUUGACGUUGUCCGUUGUGACAUUCUGCUUCCGGUUUUCCUUCGUCCGUUUGUAACAAUUUAACUAACAAGGGCAUAAAACCUUAACUAUUUGAGUAAAAUCAUUAUUAAACUUCACAUCUCAUUGAAAGGAAACGAAUUAACCAAGAAUUGUUAAUCUUUUUCCAUCCAAAUUCUUUGAAUUUAUUGCCCUUUGAAAUAUUUUAGCCUUUUUUGGGGGGUAUAACACAAGUUGAAAUGGAGAAUUUCACGCUAGUAAAGAAGAAGUGCAAUAUUUAAGAAUAAUCACUUUCAUAAGAAUUAUAUUGCUCUUUGCCAUUCUUUAUACUUAAUUUGUGUGCAUAUCUAAAAGGAAUAAAUGGGGAUGGGCAUGUCUCAUAGACUAAAACAGCAGUACACAAGAGUAUUACUAAUUGUAUAAUUUGGAAUUAUUUCCCUUUGUUUUAUACUUUUAUAGGCAUACAGAAAGGUAGCAAGUAUUAAAUUGAAUCCAAAUACAAUAAUAGAUAACAUCUUCAAAGAACUACCACUAUUUUGAUGUAAAUGUCGUACUUUUGUCUUCUGCAUAUUUAAUUGUAGUCUAGGGUAUAGUUCAAAAAGUUAUUAGAAAUAACUUUAAAUUUUACAGCUGGAAUGAGCUCAUUAUUGGAAUUCAUCUUAGAUUUUAUGACAUGACAGGACUGGAAAUAAUUUUCCAAAAUCAAUGUUCCAUUUGUUUAAGGUCUAGACCAAUAACCUAUCUGCAAAUUUUCAGAUCGGUCGCUUACUCGGUUUUUCCAGAAUAUCUAUUCUUAUUUUGAAAAUAAGCCAAAAUUGAAAAGCGUUGCAACGCUUUUAACUCAAAUCAGGCUUAAAAUAGAAAAAAAUACGAGUUUUUUUAUUUCUUUCUGAGUAUGUGUCUUAAUUAUCGUUUUAUUAAGUAAUUCAAUUAAAAUAGACACACCAUGAUGUCAACAUCAAUUGUAAAUAAUAAGUGCAUGAAUAUAAAAAUUCUAAAAAUCUAAAAGCGGCUAUGAUUCAAAUUAAAUUUGAUAUAUCAUAAAACUAGUCACGUUUGAUGCAUUUAUAAUUGCGUAUAUAAUUGCUCUUGAAGCUUCUUUAAAAUAAAAGCAGAGAAAUAUUUCAAAUAAAUAAAGUGUUAAUGAUAAUUCAUUUUUGAUUUUCGGAUGUAUAACUUUAGAUUUGAAUGUUUUUAAAAUAUGCUUAGUAGGUAGUAGUGAAACUUUGACUUAAAAUGAAUUGACAAGAUAUUGUAUGUAUAAUAACUGUUACUUAUGAGUGUAUUCUCUUCAUAUUUGAGCACAACUUCCUUCAAUAUCAACUAUUAAAUUUAGAUUAGACUAUAAUAAUUUUGUUAUUUGUUUUCGGAUUUGAUAUAUACUUGAACAAAAGUACCCUUAUAAUAAAAAAACUUAAACGACGAUUAAUUCAAAUGUGACCUUGACCUUUAAAUGACUUUGGUAUCUUAUCAGUUAAAACAUAUUUUGUCUCACUAAGCUUUUUCUCGAAUGGAAUCUUUGAGUUUGUGUUAGAAAAAUUGGUCAGUUUUUUUUUUAUUGAAACUUACCUAUGUCAAUUCCAGUAAACUCCAUGUAAAAGCUGUAUAUUUAUGUAAAAUGGAACGAUUUUAAUACAUAGUAUAUGUCAUUUUAUUCACAUUUGUGACUUGUCAUUCAUUUUCGCACAAUUUACUGUAAUUUAAAGACCGGAAUAAGGCCUUUUUUCUUAAAUGAAAAAGCAUAUAUUUCCCCUAAUUAAAGAACAAUAUUCCCCUAUCAAUGUUUUGAUUUCUUGAAUAAACUGAGGAUAGCAAGCAGGUAUAAAAUUGAAUUUAUUUCUAAAUUUGUUUUAAACUUUCCUGACUUUAUCUUUUUCCCAAUUUGCCGAGACCCCAUCCCAAACACACACUUUGUUGGCCUCGCCAGCGGAUUCUGGAGGAUGAAAACAUUACG